AUGUUUGCGUCGUCCAUUUUCGUCUUGUCCGUGCUUCAAUUCGCCGCUGUGCAAGGCCAUGGCGCAUCUCACACGCCGAGCAGUCAGCGCGGCCGCAUAGACACGCACACUCACUUUGUCCCACCGUUCUGGAGAGAAGAGUCGAUCAAGUACGGCUAUGGAAAGCCUGACGGCAUGCCCGGAAUUCCGGCCUGGUCGGAGGAGGCUCACUUAGCCAUGAUGGCCAAGGCAAAGAUUGACAAGGCGAUUCUGAGCAUCACAUCGCCGGGCACGCACCUCGUGCCAGGAGAUAUCAAGCUGGGGCGGAACCUUACGAGACGAUGCAACGAGUUCGCCGCCGACCUCAAGAAGAGACACCCCAGCAAGUUUGGGUUCUGGGCCUCGCUGCCCCUCCCGGAUGUGGAAGGGAGCCUGCGGGAGAUUGAGUACGCCUUUGACACGCUGAAUGCAGAUGGCGUCGCGGUUCUGACCAACGCCCACGGCGUGUAUCUGGGUGACCCCGUCCUGGAACCUGUGUUCAAGGCCCUCAACAAGAGAAAGGCCACCAUCUUCGUCCACCCCACAAGCCCAUGCAUGGGUAACGGCACGGUGGCUCGCCCAGCUGCCGCGCUGCCCCAGUACCCCAACCCCAUGUUCGAGUUCCUCUUCGACACCUCGAGAGCCGUCGUCAACCUGUUCGUCUCGGGGACCAUGCAGCGCAUCCCCAACGUCACCUUCAUUCUGUCCCACGCCGGAGGGGCCAUCACGCCUCUCGUCGCGCGCUUCACCGCCUUUGCGAACAUCCUUCUUGGAAAGCCGCUGCAGCUCGACUCCGUGAAGGAAACGCUGCGGUCGCAGUUCUACUUUGACCUGGCUGGGUUUGCGUUCCCGGAUCAGAUUCACGGGUUGCUGCCGUAUGUGAAUGCGAGUCGGUUGACGUACGGGAGCGACUACCCGUACACGGCGGAGGCGUCCGUGCUGGACCUCGUCAAGGUGAUGGACGAGGAGAUUCCAAACGUGUUUCGAGGCUGCGCUGCGAAGAAGGAUAUAUACUGGGAAAAUGCCUUGGGGAUUCUGCGGGGACGUGCAUCUGGAGGACAUCACUGA